GUCAAAAGUCAAAACAACAGUGAAGUUGGUGCGUGUGGGCUAUAACUAUGGCUCUUCGAACAGUGAUAUCUUCUCGGAUUCCUAUGGUGAUAAUAUUAGGUGCGACAGGCACAGGAAAGACAAAACUAAGUUUGGAAUUGGCUCAGAGGUUCGAAGCGGAGAUUAUCAAUGCUGAUUCAAUGCAGGUCUACAAAGGUUUGGACAUAGUCACCGCUAAAGCCACGCCCCAGGAACGAGAGAAGGCGCCACACCAUCUCCUGGACAUCUUGGAACCGCACCAGAUGUUCACCGUGGUCGACUUUCGCAACAGAGCUUUGAAGAUUAUAGAAGAUUUGAUAGACCAAGGCAAAAUUCCAUUAAUAGUUGGCGGUACUAACUAUUACAUAGAAUCUGUAGUAUAUAAUAUACUAGUUGAAGAAAUGAAUGAUUAUGAUUCCCUUUUAUGGGACCAAAGUAGACGUAAACGGGAUUACCCUGAUUCAGAGCACAAUCAGGAAGUCGAAGCGAAAAGAACCCAAACAGAUGGGAAUAAAGAUCAAAUUCAAGCCACCACGUCAGAUAAAAAAGAAACAGACGAACGUCCGAAUGCAAAUAAAAGUUUUACUAUAGAACAAGGCCUUGAAACAAAUGGAAAAAUUGAUAUAAUCACUAAGGAACAACUCCAAAAAGAUGUUGAUGUUGAGUAUACAUUUAACAACGAAGAGAUUCACGCUAAAUUGAAGGCAAUCGAUCCUGCGAUGGCGGGAAGACUUCAUCCGAAUAACAGGCGAAAAGUUUUGAGACGGGCCUGUCAAAAGCGGCUUGAAUCUAGCAAGUUCCUGCAACCUUUAUCAAUUCGUCUGUCCGCCUUGCAGGUGGACGUCUAA